AUGGUAAAAAUUUCAGCUCGAUCGGCCUUAUCGUAUUCGAGUUCUGGAAAACGUCAAAAAGAGGGGGAUACCCUUAAUGCCGACCGAGUUUUCAUUCAUCGCUUGGGUCCGAAAACGAUUCCUGCUUGGGAGAUGAACGCGAUUUAUCGCAAGAAUACUCAAAAAAUCGGUUCUUUAAUCGGAGAAGAAGAUGAUCUUCGUCACUGUAUCAAAUUAAUUGAACAACAGUUGAAACAAUGA